AUGGUGUUUACUGUCCAACAACUGAAGGAGAAAUUCCAGGAGCAAAAGCGAUAUCUGUACACAGCAUUCAUCUAUCAGACCAAGGCCUUUGAUGCGGUCAGUUGUAAGGGCAUAUCAUGCAUGAUUUCAGAGCUGCUGGGUGCCUUCAACAAGGAUGAAAAUGGCAUCAUGAUCAGAUACUGCACUGAUGAUAAAUUAUUUAACUUGAAGAGGCUACACGUCCAGACUAAAGUGAAGGGAGAGUUGGUGCUCAACUUCUUGUUCACAGAUGAUUGUGCACUUAGUGCAACCUCUGAGGCUGAGAUGCAGCAGAGUAUGGAUCAAGAGGUACAGAAAGCAGUUAAUACUGCUCAAGGGCUCUUCCAGAGAUGGUCAGAACUCCUCCAGGAUCCUUCUGCAGCAACAAGAGAAGAAGUUGAUUGGACCACCAAUGAGCUCAGAAAUAACUUGCGCAGCAUAGAAUGGGACCUAGAAGAUCUGGAUGAAACUAUCAGCAUAGUUGAAGCAAAUCCUCGAAAAUUCAACCUUGAUGCAACCGAGCUGGGUAUAAGAAAAGCCUUCAUUACAAGCACACGGCAAGUUGUCAGGGAAAUGAAGGAUCAAAUGUCAAGUUCAUCGGUACAGGCAUUAGCUGAAAGAAAAAAUAGACAGGCACUGCUAGGAGAAAGUGGCGGUCAGAGUUGGAGUGCUGGGACAGAUAAGUAUGGCCGCCUUGACCGAGAGCUGCAGCGAGCUAAUGCACAUUUCAUUGAGGAACAGCAGGCCCAGCAACAGUUGAUUGUGGAGCAGCAGGAUGAGCAGUUGGAGCUGGUCUCUGGCAGCAUUGGGGUGCUGAAGAACAUGUCACAGCGCAUUGGUGGGGAGCUAGAGGAGCAGGCAGUAAUGUUAGAUGACUUCUCUCACGAGUUGGACAGCACACAGUCUCGGCUGGACAAUGUGAUGAAGAAACUUGCAAAAGUGUCCCAUAUGACCAGUGAUCGUCGACAGUGGUGUGCAAUCAUCGUGCUUUUUGGGAUCUUACUGGUAGUGCUCAUUCUUUUUCUGGUGCUGUGAUGGACAAGGCUUCUUUGGAAUGCUGCUUAUUCCCCAUCAAAAAUGUGAGGGGAGAAAGGAAAAGUCAGCAGAGUUAAUGUUGCCAUCGUUUUUAUUUUACUCCCAAGAACUCAUGCCCCUGGACUUUGAUUUUCUCUAUAAACCAAACACUCCUGGCAGCUGUGCUGUAGCACCUGCCUGACAAAGCCCUUGGAGGUAAAGUGGAAGUCUGGCUCACUCCCAGAUGUUGUGAGUCCCAGCAGGCAUGCGUCGCCCCUCCUGCCAUGUAUGCGCACGAGCUGCUGUUCUUCUUUCCUUCCUCCAAAGUGCAGGGAGUGAAUCAGCAAAUGUUGGUGUUCUGUUGCUUUUGCGAAGUCUUUCCACCUUUUUCUUGGGGGAUCUUUUCUUCCAACCUCUUUUCAC